CACCACCGAGCCACAGCGUCGACAAUCGCCUAUCCUCCCGGUGACUCUCACGUCUCUGUCCGAGGGGGGUCUGAUCCAGAGUACCAGUCAUCCUACAAUGGGCUGGGGGAGAUCAACUCAACCCGGAGAAUGUGCAGAGAGCCGAGGAUAGGAUCCAGACAAUCGCACCGAAUCAAUGAGGGCUUCUCUCUCUCCUCUCGGCCCCGGUGUCUGACAGCCAGCCGCGCACAGUGCGUAAAAGUUCUCGGAGCAGAGAGGACGUGCCUCCGUGGAGCUGUGCUUUAAAUGUUGAGAUCCCGCCCUUGUCGGAAAUCGUUGUAGCGACUCGAAUUCUUUAUAGUCCCGCCGAGCGGAUGGAGUGAAUUGUGCCAAAAGGGGGAGAGGGACAGAGCACAGUUUGGCUGCGUGUGAUGAUAGGAGACACAAUGACGCUCUUGUCUCUUCUGGGUCGGAUCAUGCGCUAUUUUCUCCUCAGGCCGGAGACGCUGUUCCUGCUGUGCAUCAGUCUGGCGCUGUGGAGCUACUUCUUCCACACGGACGAGGUGAAGACCAUCGUCAAGUCCAGCCGGGAUGCCGUGAAGAUGGUGAAGGGGAAAGUGGCGGAGAUGAUGCAGAACGACCGGCUGGGAGGCCUCAGCGUCCUGGACGCUGAGUUCUCCAAGACCUGGGAGUUCAAGAACAACAACGUAGCCGUGUACUCCAUCCAGGGCCGGAGGGAUCAUAUGGAGGACAGGUUCGAGGUGCUCACCGACAUCGCCAACAAGAGCCACCCGUCCAUCUUCGGGAUAUUUGAUGGCCACGGUGGAGAGGCUGCAGCUGACUACGUGAAGGCCCACCUGCCCGAGUCCCUGAAGCAGCAGUUGCAGGCCUUCGAGAGGGAGAAGAGGGAGAGCACCCUGUCCUACAGCAGCAUCCUCGAGCAGCGCAUCCUGUCUGUGGAUCGGGAGAUUCUCGACAAGCUCUCGGUCAACCAUGACGAAGCAGGAACAACAUGUCUGGUAGCGCUGCUGUCGGACAGAGAACUCACGGUGGCCAAUGUUGGAGACUCUCGCGGCGUGCUGUGCGACAAAGAUGGGAACGCUGUCGCACUGUCACAUGAUCACAAACCCUAUCAGCUCAAGGAACGCAAGAGGAUCAAGAGGGCAGGAGGUUUCAUCAGUUUCAACGGCUCCUGGAGAGUGCAGGGCAUCCUGGCGAUGUCCCGCUCUCUCGGGGACUAUCCACUGAAAAACCUCAACGUGGUCAUCCCCGACCCAGACGUCAUGACCUUUGACCUGGAUAAACUGCAGCCGGAGUUCAUGAUCCUCGCCUCCGAUGGCCUGUGGGAUGCCUUCAGCAACGAGGAGGCUGUCCGGUUCGUCCGCGAGCGCCUGGACGAGCCUCAUUUCGGCGCCAAGAGCAUCGUCCUUCAGUCCUUCUACCGCGGGUGCCCUGACAACAUCACCGUCAUGGUGGUGAAAUUCAAGAGUGGAGCCGGGGGGAGCAGCAGCAAGGCGGGGUAGUAGGUUGAGUCUAGAGCUCAUGUUGCAAUCAGUGUUUUCUGUGAUAUUUUUUUUUCCCUCUCAUCUUUUGGAGCAGCAACAUCAGAGGAAGACUGAGAGAAUAUGAAGUAUAGACACUGAGAACUGGACUUUUAACAAGUGCACACACACAUAUACAGGCAAACAUAAAAAUAAGAUUUGGUUUUAUUUGUAGGUCUCUGAAUAAGACGAGGACGUGUAAAUACAAUAUAGACCCAAUAGCCAUCUGCCAACUUAAAGGGAUAAUUCACUUAAAAACUAAAAUUCAUCAUUCAUCUACUCACCAGUAUGAAGAUGGAGGGGUGGGUGAAGUGUUUGAGUGCACAAAACACUUCUGUAGUCUCAGAAGAAAACUUUGUGGCAGCAGAAUCCAAUACAAUUGAAGUGAAUGGUGACCG